AAGCAAACACAUCUUUUCCGUCGCUUCGUUUUCCCUCUUGAAAGAACAUUCGCAAAAAUCGGUAAAAUGGUGGCUACUUCAAGGGUGCUUCUUGCCUGAAUUCGGUCUGCGUGCGAGUCAACCACCCUCAGCCUCGCAUAUAUGGGGCUGGGGUGAACUGUCUGAACCGGGAUGUAGCGCAAAACGGACUCUUCGCCAUCUGGAAUUGGGAGAGUGCGGCACGGCGUCUGUUUUCUGGGACGUGCCGUUGCUAUUCGCUUCUCUCAAGUGUAUCAGCCGCUUUUAUUUACCUUCGACAACGACCUGGCAGAAACAGCCAGGAGUGUGCAUACUGAAUGUCGCCCGUCGGCGCCCGUGACUCCCCCUGUGUUUCCCGGCUCCAAUCUGUGUGAGUUUUUAAUUCAAGAACAUCCGCAGAAGUUCUGCCUUGGGCAUUGAAGCUUACUGACAGUUCAACCCAGCAUCAUUCAAGUUAGUCAACUAGGAUUAAGAACGUUUGAGUAUUUCCCAUACAUCCCAGGCGUAAAGACUUCGAUGUUCUGUGCCAACUCGUGUAAAGUUGUUUUCGUUCUUUCUGACCAGCUGAGUAGAAGAGCGGCGCCAAGUUUUUUGCCGGAAGACCUGUUGCAUGCCGCAUAGUUGGAGGUAAAGGGCAUGCGCGAGGCUCCGACGCGCGUUCGAGCACCUUGUUUCACUGACACUCAGCCAAGGCGAGACACAGGCGACAGCUACCAUGCUCGGAUCUCGGCUUCGCCACGCCAGCACCGCUGGCUGGGAUGCUUUUUCCUUUCGGAGGAACAUGCCGUUGUUUCCUGCCCGAAUCGAGACGCCGUACUCGUCUUUGUUUUCCUCUAGACGGAUACACUCAGCGAGCCGCCGAGAAGGAUGUUCUACUCAGUGUCUCCGUCGUAGACAUCACACCUGUUCCCGAGAACGCGCCUCCAUCUCUCCUGGAAGGAAGACUCUUGCUGAUUUCAGAGGCGAGAGCCGCCGUUCUGAAGGUCAGAGUCCCUGCUUUUCUUUCGCUUCUGCGGCUGCACCUCUGGAAACUUUUUCUUCGCCCGGGGAUUCCGACAUACUUUCUCUUCCUCCCUACGCGCCAAUGCAAAUCGCUUCAUGCAACGAAUCCAGUCCGCUCCACAUGGGGGCCGGAAGUGCCAAUUGGACCGCAGUUGCCAGACUCGAGGACUUCACACUGCGGGGUCUCUCCCAUCCGCCCUGGAUACACAGUGCAGUCUCCUCUCGGCCUUUUUAUGGCGCCGGCGGGGGAGCCGUACUCGCGGCGUGUAUGUCGUCCGCCGUCUGGCCAAGACAUUGCCUAAAUCCGCGUUGCUCUCUCUCGUCUGUCUUUGCCGCUUCCCACUCUCGCUCUUUCUCCACGUUAGCUUGCGGACCUUCUGUCGGCACGCUGUGUUCUCUCGCGAGUGUGGAGUUCCACGGACCCAGAGGAGACAGAAAUUUUUCGUCGGCGAGGCCUCUGCCGGUCGCAUGCACAGAUGGCAUGGUGCCUGCCGGAGCAGGGAGCGCCGUUCUGAGUCCUCUGCGUCUCCCGUCGGACGCUCUUUCAGCUGUACUGCGCUCUUCGCUUCUUUUCAGUCGGUGUCUAGAUCUGGGGCGGUCCUCGGAGAAAAUCCUUGGCGCAUCGCCUUCGCGUCUGUCUCGCUUCGUUUCGCGAAAGGCUUCUUGCCUGGCCGCCGUGUCCGCAUCAGGGACAUCCAAGGAGUCUGCGACUGUGAACUGUGUUUGCUGGGGUCUGGAUUUCGGAGGAACUCGCCACAUUGUGCCGACGGCCUGGAACGCUGGACAAAAGUCGCUGCGAGACCUGCUCUGUGGGGGGCUGCUGCGCUCGCAGGUUCCGCCACAGGGGAGCUGGAGCGUCUCUUCCCUCUCUCUCUCAGUCGUCGGCGCCGUCAGUUCGCUGCUUUCUGGGUGUGACCGAAUGGAGUGCACCCGCUUACUGACGCCUGGAGGUCUUCAGGCGGCUGAGCGACGUUCGUCGCGGGGGCCAGCGUUUUCUUCGAGGAAAUGUCGUCAGGCUGCUGGUGGCGAGGCUGUGCCGCAGAAGCCAGGCGGCGCAGGCGAACGGGAGGAACCGAUUCGCAUUUUCAGCGUGGAGGCCGUCAAGGAAUGGCUCGGGAAAUGGUGGAUUCAGCUCUGGAAAGGAAACCGGUGGAAAGGUCCUCAAAGAAACAAGUGGAAGUGGUACCACCGACACGGAUACUGGGCGACGCGGAAGAAGCUCAUUGAUUUCACGAAAUACCGUCGAUACGGGUACCACGAGAGACGCGGCCUGGGAAAGCCGCGCAUGCAGUUCUGGGAAGAUCCGUCGCACCACAAAAGACUGAAGAAGUCGAUUCGAUUCUGGUGAACUGUCGCGCACACAUUCGUUCAGAUCUCCGUGAAUCGAACGCUGCACAGGCAACUGCUGGCGGGGACUUCUGCACGAUCGGACGGUUGCUUAUCGUUCCCCGCUUUGGUAGUCCCAGAGGCUGGACGUUCCGUUUCCUGCCUAGGAACUGCGUCAGGACUCGAAUUUUUCUGACCAUUGUCAAGAGCGUGUGCAUCUCCCACAGGUUGGGAAGUCCGUGACGACCGUGUAAAUAAACCACCGGCAAGACAGGUGAACAUCUGUCGUCUCGAUUUCCUUUUUGCGGACCGGUGGAGAAGUGUUUUUUUGACUCGUCCACAGCUCCGUUCGACGCGUUUGACGGGGAUGUCUGCGAGCACGUAGGGACGCUGACGCACGGCGUCGGAAUCGCCACAAAAGAACCGUUUCACCUGGAUUCGCAGUUUUCUGCUUUGUUCGACGCCGCAUGCCCCUUAUGAAAAAGACACCGUUUCACUCGAAUCAAACGCCACACCUCAUUGUUUAGUACCCAAAAUGGGUUCCGAAGUUCACCCUCAGCACGCGCAUGGUGUCUCGAUACCGUUGCGCAGACUGCACCUCAGCAAACGUUUAGGUUCGCCAGAGGAAAGUUGAUGUGACACCAGCGGCUAAAUCGUGUGUUUCUUGCAAAAGCGGGCAAGGUGGUCGAUGCCGCCACUCUCUAUCAUGUAGCUCGCUCCAGUCACACAAAUGCUCCAGUGUCCAUUUUUUGGGGGAAAGUACGGACUGCCUUUCAAGCUUCUCAGCCCUCCGUGCUCCGUCAGGCUCCAUCAACUGCGAGAAAAGCUAGAAACAUGCGACCCACAGAGAAAACUUACGCCAAAGAGGCAACAGCCAUUUGCUUUGAGGAAUGGAUCUUGAGAACUCUUGUUUUCCGGAUCGCACUAACUUCGCGGGGUUGGUCUUACAUAACUGACAAGGAGAAACCUUGAGGCCGUAGAAUGUGGAAAUCCACCGCUUUUAGCUGUGUCUUCUGUUCGUGGCUUAGCACCACAGUUCUCUACAGUAUUCCCGGAUAGGAUUUUCGGUUCCCUUCUUCGUCGGUCCAUCCUACCUUCAGUUCGUACCUAAGUGGCAUUUCCCAGCACAUUCUGCAUUGCUAAAAGGAAUUUCGUUCUCAACUUGUGCUACGUUGGUAUUUCUUUUUUAACCGUUCUUUCUCUGGGGUUACUCACUGGGAGUCGAACUUUCGAAACCAUCUGCAAUUCCAAAGCGUGCUUGCCAGCCUUUCAGCGAGUCUACCCUUGCUCUCUUGACCCAAAAGUCCUGACUGUGAAGAAACAGUUGUCCCAGAAACUUGACCGCUCUUGACGAAUCACCACGAAUACAGAACAACUGACCGCGGGUCCAGGUAUGGACUUUCCUGAUGGCGUGGAACCACCCGCGAGACCACAAACCCCCAAACUGUGUGAAGCGUCCGAGUUCCGGCUGCCGACAAC